UGUGGCGGACGCCUCAUGGUGACAUUAAGAUUCUUGGCAACAGGUGAAACCUUCCAGAGCCUUUAUUCAACAAUCCGUGCUAUUAUUCCUGAAACCUGUGUUGCUAUUCAUCAAGUUCUCUGUGAAAAGUAUCUCAAGAAUGUGAUGCUUCUCGGGGACUUCAACGCCGACUGCGGCUACCUUGCUAAGAAGAACAAGAAGAAUGUGCGUCUGAUUACGGAGAAGAACCUCACUUGGCUCAUUCCGGAAGAUUCUGACACCACUGUGCGAUUGUCCACCUCCUGCACCUAUGACAGAUGGUGUUCCUGUUUUGGAUUUGACGUCUCUCUUCCUCCCAAAUCUGAGAGAGAUGUCUUCAGCCCAUAGAAACUGAGAUCCUGCCGUAUACAAUGAUGUUAAGAAAACAUUUGACAGUUGCACCAUUGCUGAUACUUAUGAUGAGUGUC